AUGUCGUGUGUGGUGUGUGCGUGUGUGUGUGUGUGUGUGGUGUCUGUGUGUGUGCGUGCGUGUGUGUGUAGGGCGGAGCGGGCAGCGGAGGGGCCGUCGUUCAGCGGUGUAUGUAAGUGUUUCUCUCGGACUAAAGGACAUGGCUUCAUCACACCAGCCGAUGACAUCUUUGUCCACAUCUCAGAUAUCGAGGGGGAAUACGUGCCUAUGGAAGGAGAUGAGGUGAGCUAUAAGGUGUGCUCCAUCCCUCCCAAGUGCCAGAAGAUCCAGGCGGUGGAUGUCACCAUCACCCACCUCAACCCAGGAUCGAAGCACGAGACCUGGGGCGGGGCGCUGCUCAGCUCCUCCUGAGUCCCGGAGGUUUCUGGAGGGGAGAAAUGUCAACAGGGAAAGGGUCCCCUUCUUUUUUUAGUUUUUGGGUUAAUGCUUGUUGUGGGAGGGAAUGGAAAGGUUGGUAUUUGAAUAGAGAAGACGUGUAUCAUUAGACAGGAAGGUUAAUUAAAUAAAGCUGCAUCACUUCAACAAGA